AUGAAGCAUGCGAAUUCAACUAAAGAGACAUUGAUUUGGCUAAGAGAUAGGUCAUUUUAUUGCACAAUGACAUCUUUAUUCUUGAUCAAACCAAUUCUCUGGCCUUCUUUGGAAGGGAUUAAUCCAACUUGAAAAGCUAGGAUUUUACCUCUCAGCGGCAAGAUAAGUAUUUUUGAGUCAUUACUUGUUAAUAAAUAUUAUAAAAGCGAAGACCAAGUAAUGACAAAGCAGCACUCGAGUGUAAUUAUAGUCUUAAAAAAUGACGAACUUCAAUUCUCUGGCACUUGCUACAGCCUUCCCUUUUGGUUGUCAGCACCUAAAUCUCACUGAAUAAUUUGUCUUAUAAGUUGUAACCGAUGACAGAACAAAUUUAGGAUAUUUAGAUUAGUACAUGUCAUGAAGAAAUAAUGUUUCCAUUUGUCACAUUUUAUUACAAAAUGUGAGCAAACGCUUCAAGUCCAUACUUCAGCUAGACAGAUUAGGAGGGCACAUUUUAUCCACAAAUUUAGCAAAAUCUGAGAAAAGGGAGUCUUUAUAGAACAAAAGCAGCUUUCUUGAACAUUUUCGCAUUUUGGCUAGUUGGGACAAUAGAGGAAGUCAGUAUGUUAUUAAUUUGUAGUAGAACUAGAUGUUGCAGCAAGGGCUAUUAAGGUGCAGCUAGACAUUACUCUGGACUGCCAAAUUGCUGCGUUAGUCUCACAGUUCUCAGCUAAUGUUG